AUGAAGGCACAGAAGGUGGGCAGAGGCUUGUCGAAAGAGUUUUUGAGUUUGGGCGAGUGGGGAGGUGAGGCGGAGGCGGAGGAGGAGGAGGAGGAGGAGGAGGAGGAGGAGGAGGAGGAGGAGGAGGAGGAGGAGGAGGAGGAGGAGGAGGAGGAGGAGGAGGAGGAGGAGGUGGAGGAGGAGGAGGAGGAGGAGGAGGAGGAGGAGGAGGAGGAGGAGGAGGAGGAGGAGGGGAUGAGGAAGGGGAGAGAGUGUGGAAUGCGAGCUGCUGUUGAAAGGGAUGAAGGAAGGGAAGCGGGCGGAGGGAGAGGAGGGCCAAUGGAAAGAAGAGUGGGAGGGAUAAAGAGGCAAGGCACGGGAGCCAUAGACCUUACAGGGGGUGAGGGCGGCUUACGAGUAUCCAGAGGAGCCAGAGAGCCAACCGGGAAAGGGUCGCUGCUGCUGCCAGGCCGACACGCCACCCGCCCCUCCCAUCCCUCCCCCCAUCCCUCCCCCCAUGCCCAUACCCAUGCCUCUGUCGCCCAUGCCCAUUCCUCGUCCUCCUCCUCCCCAUUCCCUUUCUCGCCCUCUUCCUCCUCCCCAUCCUCCUCUUCCCCUGUCUGCCCCCCUCCCUCCCCACCACCCACCAUCCCAUUUUCCCUCCGCUGCUUCUCCCCACCACCCCCCGGAUCCUUCGCUUCCCCCAGCCCCUUCCCCUCCCCACGCUCCCUCUUCCCCCCAUGGCCCUCCCCCCCACCCCUCUCGCCCCCAUCGUCCUCUCCCCCAGUCCCCCUCUUCCCACUCCCCACCUCCCCUUCUUCUCUCCCCCCAUCCCCCCCGCCCCCCACUGCUCGCUCUUCCCCCAUCCGGCUCUCCCCCAUCCCCCGACUCUCCCCUUCCCCCUUCCCCAGCCUCCCUUCCCCAACCCCCACCCUGCCCAUUCCCCUGCCCAUUCCCCUGCCCAUUCCCUUGCCCAUGCCCCCGCCCAUUUCCCCCUCCGUUCCCCCGGCCCCCCCAGUCCUCCCCGCCAUGCCCAUUCAAGUGCCUGUGCGCCCUUCCAUCGCCGCAGCCGCCGGUGCUCUCUCCACCGCCGCCGUUUGA